AUGCCACUCUUCUUCUCCAAAUUCGCACCAUUGGUCCCCCGCGUCCGCCGCCUCUCCACCGCCGCGGCGACAGCCGCCCGCGAGGAUCCUAAGCUGUCGCGAAUCGCGGAUGAGCUCCUCGCCCUAUCCCCCGCAGAGCUGGACGACUACGCGGCGCUCCUGCGCCUCAAGCUCCGCCUCUCGCUCACCUCCAGCACAGCUGCUGGAGCCUCUCCGGCCGGGGCUGGGGACGCCGCGGCUGGAGCCGAGGAGGCCGCCGCGGCGGUGAAGACGGCGUUCGACGUGAAGAUCGAGAAGUACGAGGCCGCAGCGAAGAUAAAGAUCAUCAAGGAGGUGCGCGCGGUAACGGACCUGGGUCUGAAGGAGGCAAAGGAGCUCGUAGAGAAGGCGCCCGUCGUGGUGCGCGCGGGGUUGCCCAAAGAGGUGGCCGAGGCGCUCGCCGCCAAGCUCAAGGCCGCCGGUGCCGCCGUAGCACUCGAGUGA